UCAUACUAUUUAAUUAUUGACUGUUUCAGUUCAAUUAACUAAUCACUCGAAUAAUAAUGACGAAACUUACAAACACUUACAUCGAUUAACGCUCUACUGAUAUUACAGAACGCUUGUGUUAAAGUGGAAUAAAGUUAAGACUAUGCAUAACAUUCAAAUAUUAAAGGCAGUAAAAAAUAAUAAUAAUAUAGUAGACAAAGACAUACAGUCGAUGCUUCUACCAUUGAAUCUGAUGCACUAUAUCAUGUGUUGCCCAAGAUAUCACAUCCAAAAUAAUCUGAUUGUACCAAACGGCCUCAUUUCUCAUUGUGUUUCCAUCAUCGGAACAACAGUGUUUAUAACUUUGCUUUGUUACCGUACAUACGUCUUGUCUAACGAAUAUACAGCAAUGUUCGAUGUGUUAGUUUACUACUACUCUUAUUAUGACAUCGUUUACUAUACUUUCGGUCUCACCAUGGGUUGUACGCUCAGCAUUAUCCAAACAAAGAAAAAUGUUGAAUUUGUUCUCAUCUUCCAAAAAGUACACAGAUUUCUUAAUGAUGAAACCAGUUUUAAAAACUUAAUCCUUUUUAAUUGGAUAUUUUUUGUUGCUGCUAUAGUUUGCCAUUUUUUUAUUGUUUCAUGUUUUUUCUCCAUUCUUACCUACUACAGUAAGUUUGUUUGGACCGCUUAUUUAUUAGUGUUCUUAGAUUUUUACGUCAUUAAUGUCAUAAGAGCCAUUAAAUUAAUAGAAGACAAGGCAAGAUUGUGGACGGUCAAUCUUUUGAAUAAAAAUAUUGAAAAUAUGGACGUGCAAAAUUAUUGUAAAAGAAUGUUUGAAAGCUAUGUUGAUAUACUAAAAUGUUAUGACAUAAUCAAAGUUUGUUUUCAACAGUUUGUGAGUAUGAUUAUAACCUGGCUUACAUUUUUAAUUACAUUGUUUUUGAUAUUUAUGACAGAUGAAGGGAAAAAGCUAUGCAAGAACGUGCUACGCUUGCACCGCGCGUCAUUCAGCAAGAUACGCGCGUGCGGACUGUUCUACGUAGACGCCGCGUUACAACUCGCUCUUAUGGGUCUACUCACUAACUAUACUGUUGUUUUGCUACAGUUUGCACUUUUAUAA